GAAAUUUGAAUAGUAAUGGAAAGUAACGCCGAAACUGAUAAACUUCCAUCAAUAAAUACAUCUACACUUAUAUGUGAUUGUAUGAAGAAUUCAAAAACUGAUAUAUCUAAAGAAAAUGAUGGCAUUGAGGAUAAAACAGAUGGAAUGUCUACUUGCCUAAAUCCAAACUGUCCAUACGCUUAUCUUAGACGGAAUACUUUCACUUCAGAGGCAUUCAAAAUACAACUGAAGAACAUUUCUCGUCAUGCAGGUUUCUCUGUAAUGAAGAAGAUGUUACAGUCAUUGAAUGUAAAAUUUUGCAAGAUAAAGUUUCCAAAAUGCGGUUUAGCAUUUCUUUCAUUUGAAUCUGCUACUGAUCGUGAUUACGCUAUCACUGUUUUGAAUGGACACAUUUGGAAAGGCUCAAAAAUGGAAGCUAAGAUUGCCCGUCCUCAUGCUGAUCCAUUAAUUAAAAGAAGAGCGGAAUGUGAAGUACAGUCUGAACUCUUAUCAAAGGAACAACGUAUAGAUUGGUUAAAUGAACCAGUUGACUUGGAGAAAGCUCACGAAACACUUCGUGACUCCAUUCUUCCAUUAUGGCGUUUGAAUUACGAUCCAGAUCAGUUGAUUGAGAAACGAAAUCUAGUUUUAAAAUGUUUAGCGGAAAUAAGAAGGAGAUUGUUGUUGAUUAAUCCAGAAAUUGUAAAUGUUGACAGUGUGAAAUUUGUAGAAGAAUACGAUUCAAAUAGUCAAACAACUAUAUGUAAACUUGCUCCUAUAAUUCCAUCUCCUAUUCAAACUGAAUAUCGAAAUAAAUCUGAACUUACUAUUGGCUACGACGUGGAUGGUUCAGGCCCAGUUAUUGGUUUUCGCUAUUCCAAGUACAAAGGGGGUUCAGUUGCUGUUGGAUCAUUUAAAAGUUGGAACUUUAUGCCGAGAAACUCUACUAAAGUCAUAAAUGCUUUGCAAAAUUUCAUAACCGCCUGUUUUAAAGGAGAAUUUGAACAAUUACCUAUGCUUGAUGCUUUUGAUCCAAUCACGUAUAAUGGAAACUGGCGCCAUGUACUCAUUCGUGAAUCAAGGUCUGGAGAUACAUUAGUUGUUUUAUACAUUAAUACAUAUGGCUUUACUGAGGAGAAUAUGAAUAAUUUGUUGGACGAAUUACGAACAUGGUUCCAAACCGGUCCAGGCUCAGAUUCUGGUUUAACUAGCCUAUAUCUGUCUAUCUGUUCAAGGUCAGGUAUAAAACAAUCUGAUGAAGAUCUUCGUCAAGUUUUUGGUAAACCUUAUAUUAUUGAACAGUGUUGCGGAUUAAACUUUCAUAUAUCCAUUUCUGCAUUCUUCCAAGUGAAUACACUUGCUGCUGAAUUAUUAUUUGAAAGAAUAUCAUGUCUAUGUAAUUUACCUUCAGAAAAUCAGAUUACAUGUACUAAUAAAAAUCCUAAUGAGAAGAAACGAAUACUGCUUGAUGUAUGUUGUGGUACUGGAACAAUAGCUUUAUGUCUUUCAAAGCAUUUCGAUCGUGUAAUCGGUAUUGAUAUGUGUAACAGUGCAAUUGAAGAUGCCAAAUCAAACGCAAAAUUGAAUGGUAACUUUUUUUAAAUGUAUGAUUGGAUUUUUUUUUAAUUAACACAUUUAACUUUUGUGAUGGAUAACUGUCUCACAGCCUAUAUGGUUGUAAUCCACUGGUCACAACCAUUUUGAAUGUGAGAGAAUUACCCAACACAAGCAAUGGGUAUGGGUUGCGCAAUCUCGUAAGCUGACCGAUGUCAAACAUGUGUACCAUUCGAUACCAGCUUAGUGGUCUAUAAAAUUAAGCGUUCAAGAGCGAGACUGAUAGUGUAUUUCGUUCCCAGUUGAAGGGGUCGUGAGUACACAAUCUCAGGGAGUCCUGAACUUCCAAUUUUUCAAAUAAGAUCCGUUCAUUAUUCAAAAACUCAGCAAAUCCCCUCAUACUUGUGUAUCAGUUUUGUUACUUUCAAAAUUGUUACUAGUUUUUCUGUGAAUUAGUCGAAGAAAAUCGUUUCUUACCCUAUCUAUAGCACUCCAGACACUGAUUAUUUAUUUACCGACUGACAACUGUCCUGGAAAUAUUUCUACCAAACAAAUAAUCGGUCGUUUUAAUUCAGUAAAAUUAGGCAUGAAUCUCUCCUGCGUGGAUAAUUAUCUAAUUUUGUAAUAUAAUUACCUGAAUAAAAACUUUCAGAAAACAAUGCAUUAAAAUAGUUAACAAAGCAGAUUAUUCAUCUCACUUAUCUUCUGAACAGCUUCGUUGAGUUUCACAAUAAAUGUGUCGUACAUUUGAUGCGAAUAUUUUCAGUAAAAUAACGAUAACACUUGUAGCGAUGCAAUUCAUGAAUUUAUUUAUUUAUCUCGUGGAUUCUCUUUAUAAAUGCUUACAAGUUAGAAACAGUAUUAUCAGUUGUUUAAAAACAAAAUUAUGAACAGUCUUUAUGUGUGAGAGUUGUCUUGAACAAAGUCGGGUUCGACGUCUAGAUGAAGAUUGAUAAGAGACAAUUGUAGAGAUUGUUUAGUUUUGGUUGUGAUCAAGAAUCGAUCAGUGUUAAACAACUAUCGAAAACCUAAAGCACUGGGUGCCGUUCCAUGCUAGUACAGGACUUCUCAGAAGUGCGAAUCCACGGUCGCACAUUUGGGAUUCGAAACCAAAAGCUUCGGUUUCGUGCGCAACGCUUAACCUCUAAACCACUUAACCGGCAUCCAACAGUGGAAAUAUCUACUUUCAAUCAAUUCACAAUAUUGCGCUACCAUCUUCUAUUGUCUUCCGUAGGUCACUAAGACCACCCCUAACCCAAUUUCCUUUCUAGGUACCUCCAGAAGAACCUUUCCACGUUGUGGGCAACCGGGAAGUGACAACCACACUCAUACUUCUAACAACACUCAAGAUCACUGUAUUCACAAUCAAUCUUCCUCUCCAAUUCCUAUAAUUCCUCCUACAUCGACUUUCAACUCUGAACUUCCUUUUUGGCUUCCUCCUCAAGUGUCAUCACAGACAACGAUUCCAGUGCACAAAACACUGUCCCAGGUCUACUGUAACCUCGCUCCAAGCUACGCAUUGGAGCCUUCAAAGUACUCACCCUCUGUCAAAUCGGUCAACAGGCCUCCUUGGAUAAAACCUUAGAAUCUCGUACCAAUGAUGUACAAUGUGUCUCCAAAACGUGCAUACAGGAUUCUAGUGUGGCCAUUUACUUGACUUCACCUCGCAAAAACGGAGAUCCGACAAGAUACACCCUCCGUGUAUCUGGAGACCCGAUGACUAAUUCUCGUGGACUUGCACGUGUAGGCAUAGCACUUAGUACGAGAGCAGAACAAGCACUAUUAGAGUGGAUCCCCGUUAACAGUCAGUCAGUCAGUCGGUUACACCGUAGGACCAGGCACAUAUAUACAUCAGUUCAAGUUGCCACACCUCAUUAGCACAACAAGACGAACACCGAAUUCAUAGAAGUAGU